AUGUCCUCUACCGCCGAACCUUUACCCAACGGAUCCUCCCCCCCCGCCAAGCGCGUCAAGACCGACGAAACCGCCGCCGCCGCCGCCGCCACCAACAUGUCGAUCCCCUCACUGCAAGUCAAGAAGCUCUCCCCCGCCGGCCGCCUGCCCACCCGCGGCAGCGCCUUCGCCGCCGGCUACGACCUCUACGCCUCCCGCGCCACCACCAUCCCCGCGCGCGGCAAGGUCCUCGUCGACACCGACAUUAGCAUCGCCGUCCCCUCCGACACCUACGGCCGCAUUGCCCCCCGCUCCGGCCUCGCGUCCAAGCACUUCAUCGACACGGGCGCGGGCGUCAUCGACGCCGACUACCGCGGCCCGGUCAAGGUGCUGCUGUUCAACCACGGCGAGGCCGACUACGCGAUCGCCGAGGGCGACCGCGUCGCGCAGCUGGUGCUGGAGCGCAUCGUCACGCCGGAGGUGGUGGAGGUGCAGGAGCUGCAGGAGAGCGUGCGCGGCGCGGGCGGCUUCGGCAGCACCGGAUACAACGGCACGACAACGCAGUGA